CCAUAUAGGAAAGGACAAACGUCUGUUCGAUCAUUUAGCUGUUGUAAUUAAUGGUGAUAAUCGAUGGUGUGAAUUAUGAACGUAUCGCAGUUGAUUCCUUUGUGAUUGAUAAUCGAGAUGAUAUUUCUAUCACGCUGUAUAAUCUAAUUGGUUAUAAAGCAGAGGAGAUUGCAUUUGAAUGGUCGAAUAGUUACGUAAGGAUAAUCGGAUGUAGUGAAAGCAACCUUACCUGCUUUGGGAACCGUAUAGACCGGCGACGCGGAAUUUUCGGAAUGGGCGUCAAGGAAAUAAAACUUGACGAUGAACAAGGUACCCUCUUUGUCAAGUUAUCAAAACAAGCGACGACUCACAAAAUUGAUCCGAGAAGAACCCUAGAAUUGGUUCAAGAACUACUAGACCAGCUAAGCCCAUCAUCAAGUGGCGGCAGAAAAGAUUCACCCCGAAGCAAUCGGAGAAAGGGCGGCGGCGGCGGCGGCAGCACAGCACAAAAGCGCAUAAAUGCGACAGAGCUUGCAUGGCAGGAAGAUGACGAAAUAUCAUGGCGGGUUGUGGAGAAGCUGAAAAUGGGCUUGAAGAUUGUUCUAGUCGUUAUUGUGAGUCUUGGUUUAUUUAGACUGAUUGAGAUACAAAAAAGCAUCAAUCAGUAAUUUAAACAAAUCCUCAGAUGUUUAUAUUGCAAGCAUAUAAUUAAAGAAAUAAAGUAUCAUAUUGUGUUUCGUUUUUUUUGGAAGUGUU